AUGGCCAUGUUUGACCUGCAUCUCAUCAACCUGCAUCGACCUGCAUUUCUCUGUUCCCUUUUGACCAGAAAAGAGAGAAUUCCGGAGAAAGGUGGCGAUCUAUCUGAACAACUCCCAAGAAGAUACGAAAAGAGUGUGAGCACCAGAUUUUAUAAUAAGAUUUCGGGGGGGAGAGGAGAGGGGGGAGGAGAGGAGAAGGCAAAUACAUUGCCGCAAAGCUUGACACAGCCUAGCUACCGCAUGAGUUUGUCUUAUUCACCGAGACUUUUGCCGAUGAUGGCAAGAAAUUGUCGGAUAAGCGGUACAGACACUAUGAUCUGA